AUGACAAUGGCAUCAAACGCCAGAUUAGAGGCUAAUAAUACUGUAAACUCUCUCUUAUCAUCCGAAAAAUCCCUAGACAGGUGCCUCACCGAAACUCUUCCUAUAAGCGCCUACACAUCUACAGCUUUACUCAAUACUCCGGAUCUUGAACAUCAAAUAUCGAUAGCACCAGAAUGUAUAUUCGCACUCAAGACAUACCCACAGGCCUGGGUUGCUUUGUCAUGUUUGGUUUUUCUCCGUAUUGCCAUUGCUCUUUUCCAAUACACCUAUUGCAUCGUGCCAACUUUGACCAGUGAAUUUUUUGAUGUUUCUCUUUCGGCAGUAAACUGGCUGGCCAAUGUUCAGUGCAUUGUGUAUGUUAUUGCCAGUUUCUGUACUGGAUUAAUCUUUGAAAAAUUAGGAAUUAAGCGAUCGAUAGUACUGGCUGGAUUUCUUAAUGCAUUUGGUGCUGGCGUCCGGUGCAUUGGGGCAAACACACAGCCACCUUCAUUUGCCAUCACAAUGGUUGGACAAAUAUUGGGAUCCAUUGCUAAUCCAUUGGCACUUAAUAUUAUGACAAUGUUUGCGUCGAGUUGGUUUACUGACAAGCUUCGUACAACUGCUGGCAUGUUAAUUGCAUCUAAUUAUGGUGCUAUAAUUGGUAUGUUUGUCAUUCCAUCAAUGACUGUGAGUAAGGACCAAGUGCCUCGCCUACUCUACGUGGUCGCAUUGAUAUCUCUGGUGGCACUUUUACCUGUUAUGUUUAUGCCUGCAAAACCCCCAACUCCUCCUUCGCAUAUUCAAGAGAAAGAAAAGCCAAAGUUUGUAGACGGGUUGCGGCUGCUUUCAAGAAAUUAUAAUUUCUGGAUAUUGUUUUUCAUUCACAGUCUGAAUGUUGGAGUGUGCAUUGCCUUUGGUACGCUUCUGAUUCAAAUCAUUUCUCCGUAUGGGUACACGGAUAUUGAUGCAGGGCAACUGAAUGCGAUUGCUUUUCUGGCAGGUAUUCUUGGAUGCUCUAUCGCUGGACCUCUUUUGGAUACAACGAAACUACACAAGUUACUCUUACGACUGAUAGCUCCCAUGAUUCUUAUUGCUGAUGUUGGACUUGUGUUUAUUGUUCCGAAUGGCUCAUAUGCAACCGUGAUGAUUGCGAUGUGUGUCAGCCAAUUCUUCUUGUGCUCUCUUGUGCCAGUUGUUAUCGACCUUGGAAGUGAAACUUCUUAUCCGGUCGCUGAAUCAACCACAAGCUCUAUACUUUGGCAGGGUUCACAAUUAUUUGGAUUUGGAUUUGUGAUUGUGAUGGAUUUGCUCCGUAACCAUGACCGUGGCCAUGGCCGUGGACCAUCAGCCAAUGCCACUCCGGAGAAUGGUGUCAAUAAUACCCUGUUACUCCAAGCCCUGGUUGCAGGCUUAAUUUCAAUCCUUUCCUUUCUCUAUAAUGGUCAGAUGUUUCGAUCAGAGGCUAUUUUAAAAAGAGAGCAGGAAAGUGUGGUUAGUAAAUCCAAGCAAAAAAGUUCUAGUCCUUUAACUGGCACUAGUACAGCCAUAUUUACUACUGCUGCUACUGCUACUGCUGCUACUGCUCCUGAUGCUACUUCCUCUUUUACUACUACUUCUACAGGAUCAACUUUGUUUGUUCUUCAAAAAGACAAUAUUAUUGUUCUAUAA